UUUCCAGGGACCUGAACCAGACCGAUGUCAUCCGGGUCAUCCAGCCGGGGGCGCUAAGGAGUAUACGUCACCUUCCAUCAACACGAAGAAGAAGCUGUCCUGGGUGUGACGUCAGUUUGCGUGCAGCGCUGACAGAACAGCAUUUGCAGAGCUUCAGAAUGAGCGGCCAAAGAGAAGAACCAGCAGGACAGGUAAAGGAGGUCCAAGAAGACUUCUAUGACUGCCAGGAAAUUCUAGAACCUCCUGAAACCACAACGAACCUGAAGGAGGAAGAGAACUCGUCAGAUUCAGAGAACAGACUACCUGACCGAAUGAGAGAAAUCCUUGGACGACAGGAGGAGAAGGUUCUGGUUGAGGAGGAGCAGGGUAUCGAUGUGCAAGAAGAUUCAGAUUCGGAGCUAAAAGAGGAGGUGUCCAGAGAAGUGGAGUUAGACGACAACUACCUGAGAGAGUUAGAGAAGGAGCUGACCGAGGAGGAGAAACAGGAUCGAAGGCAUCAGAGCUUAACUCUGAAAGAGACGGGAAACAGUCAGUUCAAAGCUGGAGACUGGAGGGGAGCGGAGCUAAGCUACACAGAGGCGUUGGCUUUAUGUCCUGUUUGUUUCAGUCGAGAGAGAGCCGUGUUGUUCUCCAACAGAGCUGCUGCAAAACUGCACCAGGGGCUGAAGGAAGAGGCCAUCUCAGACUGCAGCAGAGCAAUACAUUUGGAUCCAGACUACCUCCGGGCAUUGUUGAGGAGGGCAGAGCUUUAUGAGCAAACUGAGAAGUUAGAGGAAGCCCUGGAGGACUAUAAGAAGGUUCUGGAAGGAGAUCCGGGUCACAGUGGUGCCAGGAGAGCCUGUAUGAGGCUACCUCAGGAGAUUCAGGAGAGAAACGAAAAGCUGAAGGAGGAGAUGAUCGAUAAGCUGAAGGACCUUGGUAACAUGGUCCUGCGACCAUUUGGACUUUCCACCAACAACUUUCAGGUGAACCAGGAUACAGCCAGUGGCUCCUAUUCCAUCAACUUUGUACAGAACCCAAACAACAACAGAUGAUGUUGUUACGACCUUGCAGAACAGAUCGUAAACAACAAAGAAGUCCUGGAUUGAAAUCUUUCCCUGAAACCAGAUACUGACACCCAGAACUUCUGCCGUAGUUGUGCUGACCUGUUACUGGCUGGUUGUUUAGUAUUGGUUCAUGACUAGUUAAACUGGUUUAUUUGGUUUACAGGCAUCAACAUUCAGUCAAAUUCUGUUCUUGAUGAAUGUCUGUUCCUUCAGCUCUCCAACAGGUCUGGGUUGAAUUAAAAUGGGUGACAAUUAAA